AUGACAUCGCAAACUGAGAGGAACACUCAGUCCUUGAGGGAGUCAACGAGAUCUGGAAUUAAGUUACCAAAGCUCCAGCUCCAAAAGUUCAAUGGCGAGCCCACACUGUGGCCAAGCUUCUGGGAGCAAUACUUAAGCAGCAUACAUGAAAACGCUACCCUUUCCAAGAUCGAGAAAUUCCAGUACCUGAGAUCUCUUCUCGUUGGACGGGCGUCUGCUGCGAUUGAGGGACUCCAGGCCACGGAAGCUUGCUAUGAUGAUGCAUUGGAGUUGCUGAAAAAACGUUUUGGUGAUAGACAGAAGAUAGAACACGAGUAUUUCUCCCGUCUGCGUCAACUUUCCCAUAUUCGCUCUUCGCACGAUACUGGUGGACUGAGGAAGAUGUAUGAUCAGACCCAGUCUAGUAUGCGAGGAUUAAAAUCUCUCGGAAUAACUGCUGGAAGUUACGCAGCGAUGAUGAACGACAUUCUCCUGAACGCGUUGCCACAGGACAUGGUUUUGGACUACCAUCGUAGGAAACAGCAACAACCAGCACAACUCGAAAACUCCGAAAGGCAGUUAUAG